GCAGUAAAAGUUGGUUAUUUACUUUAGGUUAUGACAAAUAAGCCCAAAAAAUACAAAGACGACUACUUUCGAAGCCCAUAAAUUACGAAAUUGACACGAGUGUUUCUCUAGGGCUUCAUAUGAAUAAUCAGAUUCUGUUUAUUUUUCGUUUGAAAAGAUAAUUGAGUCCUUUAAUUAAUCACUCGUCCUCAGAAAUUUUCUUUUGGUGGUGGUGUUUCCGGAUUUGAUAAGCUAGUAUUCCGAUGGGGCGGCGAAAGGAGCGUCGAAUUGCUGCCGCCGGUGGUCGUAGAGUAAAACUCGAUCUGUUCGCAGAACCCUCUGGAGAUUUGGGUGGCUCCUCUGGUCAGGAACAAGUUGGAGGGGAUGGUGACUCGAUUACCGAUGCCAAGUCACCUAGUUCACCAUCAUCUUCAGGGACACAGCCACAAAAUCCCCUACUGCUGCUCGAGCAAUAUAGUGAUGAUGAGUUGGAUGAGGAUUCAAAUCAUGUUGUUGCAGCGGAUGCUUCAAUUGACAAUGAUGAGGAGACAAAACCUGAUACUGAGAGAGAAGCCGAAUGUGCUGAAAUUAAUCAUGGGAAAGAUCCAACAGUUCAGAAGGUGGAACAGCUUCUGACAGAUAACGAUUCUGCCUCUCGGGAUCCUCUGCAGAAACUUGAGAAAGAGAGCAUUGCAGGGAUACAUUCUGAUGAUUUACAGAAUGAAAUAAAUAAAUUGGUUGAAGCUGCAUCUGAUAAUCAUCUUAUUGGGGAUGCGACUUCAGGCUGGAACAUGGUGCUGCAUGAAGAGAGUAAUCAAUACUAUUAUUGGAAUAUUGUGACAGGUGAAACUUCAUGGGAAGUACCUGAUGUUUUUGUUCAGGAAACUGUCACAACGUCUGCAGAGCAAGUUGUCGGUGAUCCCACAGGAAAAUAUGAUACUGUGAUGGAAGAAAACAUGGAAGAAGAUGAUAUCUCUACUGGGAAAGUUGAUGUCGAUUCUGAGGUCAAUUGCCAAAUCAGUAAUAAUGCCGGUAAAGGGAAGGAUGACUCUGGGGGUGAUUCUAUGGACAACAAUAAAGUUAACAGAGACGCAAACCAGAGUAAUGGAACUUCUAUGCUUGGUGUACAUACUAUUGAAAGUAAAAGUGGUACUGAUCUUCCCAUGCAGUUCAUAAAGCAGUGUGAAAGCUUGUUAGAGAGAUUGAACUCUGUGAAAAGUUCGAAGUGCGAUGUGGAAGGUCAAGAUCUUAGGUUCAAGUGGACAUUAGAAACUGAGAUUAGACUUGCUGACAUGAAGGCAUUAGCAUAUCACGGAUCAUCAUUGCUUGCCUUUUGGCUGCAUUCUGAAAGUCAGCUGAAAAAACUCGAAGCUGCGUUAGAUGGUUUGGUUCAACACAACAAUUCUACAUCCCUGGUUGGAUUCAAGGCUGCAUUAGAAUCACGUGUAGGUGAUGACAAGGAUACUGAUUUAAGUGAAAGGGAGGCACCCUCUGCUGCUGUGGAAUCCCAUGCUGGGUACAACCGUGAGGCGUCAAAUUUUGAAGCCUGUAAUGAUGGCGCCAUCACCACAGAACAAUCUGAUCCUGACAACAAUCUGGGUGGACAAAAUGGAAUAGCUAGAGUUGAAAAGGAAAGUGAAUCAACUCCCAGACCUGCUCCUCGUUCUGCUGAAGAUGUUGACAUGGAUGUGGACAUGGAAGUUGAGGAUGCAUCUCCAAUGAACCCAUCUGAUGGAGGUGCAUCUGGUGCCCAUUACCAUGUCUCAACAGAGCUGUCAAAUCUGCAGAAUUCACUUGCAGGCCAGGAAGCUGUAGUAUUUAGUGCUCCUCCUCCAGUGGAAGAGUGGAUUCCGCCACCACCGCCUGACGAUGAGCCUUUUCCUCCACCACCUCCUGACGACGAACCUUUUCCUCCCCCACCGCCCGAUGAGCCUCCAGGAACUUCAUAUAUUCCACCUCAUUUGGGGUCCGUUCAACCUUUUUCUUAUCCAGAUCAUUAUUCUCUACCAUACCCUGCUUCUAGUCUUGAAUACUAUGGGCAAACGACCCUUGAAACUUCCGGUGCUACUUUUUAUAUGCAUUCUGAGGGAGGGCAAAUUCCCGUUUCCCACUUACCACAAUAUUAUGAAGCCGUCCCAAACAUAUAUGCUGUUGCUCCUGUGAUAGUCAACCCUGCUGAGCAUACAGCCUAUUACGGCCUUCAAAGUGGUACCUUGAACCCUGUGCCUGUGGUUAGUGAGAGAGCUCAGUCUACGGGUACGCUAAGUGAACCUGUUCUUGUAACUAUGGAAUCUGGUAGAGCAGGAUCCGUAGAUUCACGUGCUGAAGAUGUGUCCAAUUUGUUACCAAAGACCAGCUAUGGCAUUGUAAAGAGCCCUCGAGAGAUUCCUGUAGCUCAACCCUCUAUUGUAGCUCCAGCAACUUCUUCAGUGGCAAACAGUGUUUCUGCCUCAUCAAUGUCUGACACUACCACUUCUGUUUCUGCUCCACCUGCUACUGCAACAUCGAAGACUCAAUCAAAAGUUCCGCGAGGCAAGAAACGAACUGUUGCAGUCGUAUCUACAUUGAGAUCCAAUAAGAAAGUUUCCAGCUUAGUGGACAAGUGGAAAGCUGCAAAAGAGGAGUUGCAGGAAGAAGAAGAAGAACCAGAAGAUGCUUAUGAAGUUUUAGAGAAGAAACGACAAAGGGAAAUUGAGGAAUGGCGAGCACAUCAGAUUGCCACCGGCGAGGCCAAAGAUAAUGCUAAUUUUCAGCCAUUAGGUGGUGACUGGCGAGAAAGAGUGAAGCGCAAGAGAGCCCAAAAGAUGAAAGAAAGUUCGCCAGAUAUUGAUACUAAAAAGCAAACUGAUCUCACACAACUCUCGAAAGGUCUUCCAUCCGGAUGGCAGGUUUUCUUGGAUGACUCUUCAAAGCAAGUCUACUAUGGAAACAUGUUGACCUCGGAAACAACCUGGACCAGGCCCACUGACUAGAUAUUUGUUACAACUUUAAUUUCACUUUUUUUUUUUUUUUAUGUAAAAAAAUGUUUAGUUUAGUAUAAAUAAAUUUUGAAGUGGCAACAUGGCCAUGUUUUGAUGUC